AUGAGCGCCCGUGCGAAGACAAUCAGGGAGAGAUUAGAAGCCAUCGCUGCCGAAGGGAAGGAUUUGGGCUUGCGAGAGUGCGCGGAGGAUGUGCGUGUGGAGAGAAGAGAGCGGUUGGACUCCUUUGUGUACGAUGAGGAGAUUAUAGGGAGAGAGGAUGAUAAAAGCGCAAUUAUGAACUUCUUGUUAGACUCUGACACGGAUGAACAAAUUUCUUUCUUUAUAAUACGGGGUCAGAGUGGGAUUGGAAAGACUGCUCUCACUCGAUGUGUGUACGAAGAUGACAUGGUCAAGAAGCAUUUUGAUUUAAGGAUAUGGGUCUGUGUGGGUUUCAGCGGCUUCCAUAGUAUCGAAAGGGAAGUGCGGAAAAUCAGAGGAAGAGAGACAACAGAGAGAGCAGAUGACGAGGAGCAAUUGCGAAGAUAUCUCCUAGUUAUUGACGAUAUGCAGCCUGUGGAUCCUGAACGAUGGCGGAGUUUGAAAAGUUUAUUGAUGGGAGGUGCCCAAGGAAGCAAGAUUCUAAUAACUACUUCCUUUCAGGAAGUUGCGGAAUUUUUGAGUACAUCCCCAUCUCAUUGUCUCGAGGCCCUUCGAGCAGAGUCAUCUGUUGAUUUAUUGAUGAAAAUGGCUUGCCAGGAAGAAGAAGAGACUAGAAAUCCAAGUAAGGUAAAAAUCGGGAGGCAGAUAGUCAAAAUGUGUGAUGGAAUCCCUUUGGCAAUACGAAUGAUCGGACGUCUAUUAUUCUUCAAGAAAACUGCAGCUGAGUGGUCUAAUUUUCGGAACGAGAUCUCAGAAGUUUCUGCAGGCUUAGAUGACUUAAGUUCAAUGCUUGGGUCUUGUUAUAUUUAUCUCCCAUGCCAUCUAAAACAGUGCUUUGCCUUCUGUUCAUUGUUUCCUGAAGACUGGGUGAUUGAUAAGCAAAUGUUGACGAGUCUCUGGAUAGCAGGAGGAUUUGUCCAGCCCAUAGACAACAUCGAUCAGGAUAUGAAAGAUAUUGCUCAUGAGUAUUUCAUGGAUCUACUUUGGAGGAAUUUCUUUCAAGACUGCACUAAAGAUGAACUUGGAAAUGUGACGUCUUGUAAGAUGCACCAUUUUGUAUAUCACCUAGCGUGCAAGCUUGCUAUAGGCGAGUAUUGUCAAGAAACUCAUCAGUUACUGUGGUCAAUUAAUGAAGGAACUCGCCAUCUAUCGUGGGAUUCAACUUCAGAUUUAUCACAGAAACUUCCACCUAAUCUAGUCAAAGCGAAAGGUCUCAGGACAUUCAUCAAAAUGGAUCAGACAAAAAGCGGAAGGCAUGGAACUCAAAUGGGUGAACAAACUCUUUGCAAAUUCCUUUCUACUUUCAAGUUCUUGCGUGUCUUGGAUUGGCAUGAUAGUGGCAUCGAGAAGUUGCCAAGUUCCAUUUGUGAGUUGAAGCACCUGGCAUUUCUAGAUCUCUCUGAAAAUGAAGGAAUCAUGAGGCUUCCUGAUUUUAUGACAAGAUUGCAAACCUUGCAAGUACUUAAACUCAAUAAGUGUAACAAGCUAGUAGAAUUGCCUAAAGAUUUUAGAAAAUUGGUCAACCUAAGGCAACUUGAGAUAAGCGAUUGUAGUGCCCUAUCUCAUAUGCCACAAGGGUUGGGCCAGUUGACUCUUUUGCACACUCUAACAGAUUUCCUUCUGCCUGGGGAUGAUUCUUGUUCAAAGAAUUGCAGUGGGCUGGGGGAGUUGAAUAGGUUAAGCAAUUUGAGAGGAAGCCUAAGAAUAGAAGUUAAGGGAGAAAUAGCAGAUGCAGGAGCAGAAUCAAAUGCUGCAAACUUGAAGGAGAAGGAUUCCUUAGUUUCACUGGUGUUAGUGUUUGCCAGAAAAGAAAGUGAUGAAGUUUUACUUAAAGACCUGCAGCCAAGCUUAAAUCUUGAAGCUUAG